AUGACGAAGCCCGCGGCGUCCUUGGCCUCCCUCCUCCCGCAGCUGUGGCACCGGCCCUUGCCGCCGCCGCCCCUCCUCCCCCGCGCCCUCUACUCCUCCUCCCCGCUCCUCACCACCCACCGCCGCACCCCACGCCACCGCCUCCGCGUCUCCCCCACCACGCACCUCGACGCCGCCGCCGCCGCCAGGGCAACCAGGGCCGCUGACCCCGUAGAGGCCCUCACAGCCACCUCGUACCCAGCGUACGACAGGCUUCUGCCCUGCCCGUCCAAAGACGACCCUCCGAGGAUCGAGCACCUCGUCGCCCGGGAAGACGAGGUCGCCGGCGAUUUCAUCUCGAGGUCCCUCAACCUCCCCCCUAUGUACGUUGCAGAUCUCAUCAAGUUUGGGGCCGUGUACUACGCUCUUGUUGCGCCGCAGCCGCCUCCCUACGCCGCUCCGGAGCAUGUGAGGAUCUUCAGGGAGGUGACAGAGCCUUCGCUCCUUCGCCGGAGGGCGUCCAUUAAAGGGAAGACCGUCAGGGAGGCGCAGAAGACGUUCCGUGUGACCGACCCCAGCCAGCGCCUUGAGGCGGGCACUUAUCUAAGGGUUCAUGUACAUCCCAAACGGUUCCCCAGGUGUUAUGAAAUUGACUGGAAAUCCAGGGUAGUGGCGACGACCGAUGACUUUGUUGUCCUCAAUAAGCCAGCUGCAACAUCAGUAGGAGGGGCAACCGAUAAUAUUGAGGAAUCCUGCGUGGUUUUUACUUCGCGUGCAUUAGGAUUGGCGAGCCCUUUAAUGACAACUCAUCAGAUUGAUAACUGUUCUGAGGGCUGUGUGGUAUUGUCUAAAACCAAGGAAUUCUGCUCAGUUUUCCAUGGAUUGAUAAGGGAAAAACAGGUUAAAAAAGUUUAUCUCGCACUCACAACAGAACCUGUGUCUCCAGGAAUAAUUACUCAUUACAUGCGCCCCCUUAAUCGUGCUCCCAGACUUGUUUCAGAAGAUCAUAUUGAAAGAUGGCAUCUCUGUCAAAUGGAGAUACUGGACUGUAAGAAGGUUCCAUGGCCAAAACCUUUGAUAACAAAAGUCCACAAAGUGGACAACUGUGGGUGGCCCAAACAGGAAGCUGCCUAUGAAUGUAAAAUCAAUCUCAUGACAGGGAAAACUCAUCAAAUUAGAGCACAACUGGCUGCUAUAGGCGCUCCGAUUGUAGGGGAUUCUGCGUACAUGACUGGAGCGAUCGCAGCAAUGGCUGACCCAAGCAUAAACCCAUAUGGUAGGGCGAGCCUGAAUUACAGCAGUGAAGAGGAAAAAGCUGCUGCUGUUGAAGCAUGGGUUGCUUGCCAUGGCAAGGAACCAAAAUCCGUAAUUGGUCUGCAAGCAUCUGAGAUAUCCUGGGAUCAUGAAGGCGAGCACCACUAUUACAAGGCUGGGGCCCCUUGGUGGCGGCAAGACGCGGUGGAGUCCGACCUGGUUUGA